AUGUCGCAGGUACGGAAGCAGGUCUUGACGCGCUCAUCCUUGGCGUGCCUCUCCUGUCGCUCGCGGCAUCAAAAGUGCGACGCCAAGAAGCCGCGGUGUACUCGCUGCACCGACGCGGACCGGCCGUGUCAGUACACGAGAUCUCGGCGUGGAGGCAACAAGGACGACCUGUCGCCGCGGCGUCCUCAGGACAUUCAGCCUCAGCCUCGCACACCGAACCAGCUCGAUGACUACAUCUCCGCCCUCAUCACCCCGCCGGCGAUGGAGGGGAUGCCGCCGGCCAACGUCUUGCCUCAGACAUCUCCCAUGCCGGCGGCGUCCCGAAGCGCCUACUCACCCCAUUCAGACCACAGGGAGGAAAGUCGCCCGAGAAGACGCUCCGUCAACUACCAGUGCGGAUCUGGAAAGGACCCUCUCAUAGAGGCCUACUAUCAAACCUUUCACAAGUAUCACCCCGUUGUCCUACCCCGACGCCACUUGCUCAGCCUUUUGAACGAUGCCGGCUGGAAACCCAGACUAGAGCCGCUGGUUGCCGUUCUACGGCUGAUAGGAAACCUACACCUGUCGCAGGAGUGGUCUGCAAGCCUGCAAGGCGAAGCGGAGAGCAAGAUGGAGGGCCUGGCAAAGACGGACCCGAUCCGUGUGCAGUGCCAUCUACUGUACUCGGCAGCGCUCUUCUGGCAGGACCACAAGGCCAAGUCUCAACGGGAAAUGGGCAAAGCUGUAGAGCUUGCGCUGGCUCUCAAGAUGUUCGAAAGGGAGUUUGCGUGGACGCACAGCGACAUAGACGCCACGCUGGCCGAGUGCUGGCGACGGACAUGGUGGAUGGUAUACCUAUUUGAUGCGUUCUACGCGGGCACGCUGGGGAACACGGGCUUUUCGGUCGUCUGCGUAAACACGACUGUUGACCUGCCCUGCGAUGAAGCCCAGUACGAAUCCGGACAUAUCCCAGAACCAAAAACACUGCCCGAAUGGGACUGCAGGGAAUUUGACGAGGAAGAAAAGCCCUUCUCGUCCUUUGCGUGUCUCAUUGGUGCUGUCAGAUGCGCCACGUUGGCCAAGGAUGCCUCGUUAAAGACCGAUGCUCGCAAGAGUCCAGAUGACAUGUUGCAUGUCGCAGAUUCUAUCCUGGACAGUUGGAUGCUUCUCCUACCCAAGUCAAAAAAGCAAGUCAUGCUACGCAACGGCGACAUUGACGAACUAUUGUUUCAGGCUCAUCAUCUUAUACACGUUGUCAUAAUUGGAUUCCAUCGCCCACUCUCCGAUCUUAAAUUCAAUGCCGUCGAAGAUGUUUCCAGUUGCGCCAGAGAUCCUGCGCCCGACGGCCCAACACCGGAGCACAUCAACGUGCACACCGUCCGGGUCCUGCGAUCCGUGGAAUCCCAGAUCCGACUCCUCGCCCUCCCCUCCCGCCCGUUCAACCACACCCCCUUCUGCACCUGCAUGAUCAGCGAAGGCACCCUCGCCCUCCUGUCCGCCUGCAAAUUCCUGCUGCGAGGCAACGAGCUCGCCAUCGCGCGGGACCAGAUCCGCCUGACCAUCGGGUGUCUGAAGCACCUAGGCGACCUGUGGCCGCGUACGGCGCGCAACGUGUCGCAGAUACAGACAAUCGCGAAGCACGUCCUCGGCAUCGAGGGCAACGGCACCGCCAAGGGGGGGACGUCUGGCUCUGCGCACUCUGGCACCUCGGUCGAGGACGGCGGGAGCUCCGGGGAGGUGACGAGCUCGUCGAACAGCGAUGUGUUUUCGGCAAUUCGGGAUUUUGACGACAUUUGCGGAUGCGCCGCCAGCCAGGGAAGAGUCGCCAUCAUCGAACUGCUAGUCAAGGAGCUUGCCGUACCGGUGGACUCGAGGAUAAGAGACGGGCUCACCGCUCUUCAGCCCGCCUUUCGAAACAAGGACGCGGCCACGACACCACCUGUCUCUGCAAGCUCGGGGCCCGCACGAUGCUCGACAGACAAGCGCAUGCUGCGCGCGCUGCUCGACGGCGGUGCGGACCCAAACGAGAUUUCGAUCAACGACUACAAGAAGACGGCGCUUCACGUCGCGUGCGAGGGCGGGUACAAGGAUGUGUGGCUGCCGCCGGAUCGGAAGGGGAAGCGGGAGCCGCUGCUGCACAACGGGUGGACGCUGCUGCACGAGGCGUGCUUUUUCGGCAAAGCGCCGUUGGUCGAACAGCUUCUGGACCGUGGAUCCAAGCUCGAGGCGAGGCGGCCGCGCCACGGCACGCCGCUGCACGUCGCGGUGAAGAUGAAGAAAGUCGAGCGCGUCCGGCUGCUGGUCGGCGUGGCCCAGCUAGGAAGCCGUCUGAGGUGCGGCUUUAGCGUUGUCAUGGGCUGUCACGAGGCUCCAACCGGCACCCACGGCCCUUUUGCGGACUCGGACGCCGGCGAACGUCCCUUUCUGGAGAUUUGCCAAGAGGAUCACGAGCUCACUCUGGGAGUCCAGGAGUCGCUCCAGUAG